AUGACUGGGAUUCAAAAUGAGAAAUUUGAACUCAUUCCAACGAGGACGGUGACCGGGUGGAGAGUUUUCAUGGACUACCGGAAGCUCAAUAGUGCUACCUGCAAAGACCAUUUCCGUAUGCCUUUUAUUGAUCAAAUGCUUGAUCGGCCAGAGGGAAGGUUAUUUUAUUGCUUCUGGGAUGGUUACUCUGGUUACAACCAAAUCAACAUAGCCUUAGAGGACCAAGAGAUGACGACAUUCACAUGUCCAUAUGGGACCUUUGCUUUUAGCCGGAUGCCAUUUGGCCUAUGCAAGGCCCCGGUUACAUUUUAA